AUGACCGACAACCCUAACCCUGGAAAUUUUGCCAAUCGACCCCACGAAGAGGUCGAGAAUAUUGCUCGGAAAGGUGGACAGUCCAGCCAUCACAGUGGAUUCUAUUCAAUGGAUCGUGAGAAACAGAGGAACAUUGCCUCGAAGGGUGGUCACGCUUCAAGUGGCAAGUUCCAGCCUGGAGAGGAGAGAGCUAGGGAAGCAGGCCGAAGAGGAGGUCAUGCAGCCCGCCAGCAUCCGGAGAAUCCAGAGGAAUAG